CGCGACCAGUCAAGUAUGUUUCCAUUUAAAGGCAACAAUACGAAAUGUAUAAUAAUAAUAUUAAAAUAACGAAAAAGUCCUGCUGCGUGUCCCGGUCGUUUCCCGUCAGUAAAAUUUUUAUUAGUUAAUUUAAGUUAAACGCGAAAUUACAACGUGAUGUAAUGAAAUUAUCCCGACGCCUCCGUUUUAGUUUAUUAACCCAAAACAUAGCAAACCAACCACGUUGAUGAUGUUCUUGAUGAUGUUGAUACGGCGUUCGACCGGAAGAAAACAAUGAUUUGAAUAGUGAAGUUGGUGCGAGCCGAUAAGGAGCGAAGAUAAGCGAGACUGAUAAGAAAAUUUUCUGCCAUCGUCAUAUUAUCGUCAUCGUCAAACAAUAAAUUAUUCGAUUUUAGUGUUUAAUGUGUUCUCGUGUUUCAUAAAGAAAGUGUCUCCCCGAUAAUUAAAUUCUUUUAUCGGUUGAACAUUUUUUUUUGCAGGAUGUCUUUGAAGAUAACGGCUGUUGGAGAUGGUGUAGUCGGCAAAACAUGCCUGCUAACAACUUAUGUUAAAGGAGAAUUCCCUGCCGAAUACGUUCCAACUGUUUUUGAACAUUACGGUCAAAAAAUCCAAGUGGACGGUGUGGAGUACGAUAUGACCCUAUGGGACACCGCCGGCCAAGAGGAUUACGAGAGGCUAAGACCCUUAGCUUAUCCAAACACCAACUGUUUUCUAAUCUGCUUUAGCGUGGAUCGAAACAGCGCGUCUUAUGAUAACGUGACGAUAAAAUGGGCACCUGAGUUACGACAUUUUUGUCCCAAUACUCCAAUAGUAUUAGUAGCAACCAAAACCGACCUAAGAGAGGACCCCAGUAUUAAAUGCUUCACCCCAGCUGACGGUAAAAAACUGAAAAGGCGAAUCAAAGCGCAAAGUUACAAAGAAUGUUCCGCCUUGAGGAGCGAAGGUCUGCAGGAAAUCAUUGAGGAGGCCGUCAGAGUCGUACAGAGGUUCAAACAUAAAAAACAUCAACACGCUUGUACGAUAUUAUAGAAGAUAUUUGAUAUUAUUCGAUUGUAUUGUUGUACUUAUUUAUAAGGAGUACCUACCCACGCAAAAGUAUUGUAAAUAGUAUUUGUAAAAGUUUAUAUGACGUGUUCUUUAGUAUUUAUUACUUUUUUUUAAUUAUUGUUUUCUUGAUGCUUAUCCAGUGGUCUUCAACUAUUAUUGUUUUUGGUGUCGACAAUGGCAUAAUUUAUAUGAUUAUUAAAUUUAUAUUAAAUGAA